AGAUGCCUGGUCGGCUUGCCUAGGGCUGUCUCUUCUUAUGCAAGUCAUCCGGGCAAGGGGGCGUGGUUGAGACUUGGAUCGGUACCUUGCGUCGUCAUUGCUUUGCCUUCGGACCCCCCAUGUUGCAGAUUCGAAUUGCCCAGCACAAUUCGUACCGACAAUUUGUUUCGCUUCCUGGGUUACGAGACCAUGUUCCUUCGGCCCACAUCCUUGUUGGACCUUACGAGGAAGCCCAUAGCCUUCUAUUUCCUGCCCCGAGACCGCAUCGAUAUACCCCUCAAGCGCUGCUGCUGCCCAGUUGGCCGCUUGUACUCCGGUUGUUCGUAUUUGCAAAUAGCCUCUGGGUCAAUGCAGUAGAUCAUGCCCUAUCGAGCACCUGUCGUUCACUCAAAGCAAGAAAUACGAAGAAGAAGAAGGAGGAGGAGGAGAAGGAGGGAAAAGAAGCAUGCCUCUCGUUAGCUGCAUGGUCGGAUGUCGGCGGGCGUUGUCUAGCAUCCAAUCUUCUUGCCGCUCGCUCGUCGGCGCGCAACCAUCUCCAGGUUUUGGGACACUCAUGUGUGAGGGACUGGCACGAGGAAACCCUCGUCUAACUUGACAAGUUCAUACACACCGGUAUUGUCUACGAAGCAGACCUCGCGCCCUGCCUCGCGGGCCCUUUUGGCACUGGCCAGGUGGUGGUCGCUUCGCUUCUCCUUCGUUGCCCUCAACCCAAUGUCUGCUGCCAUCAUCCAACUGCCGUGCA